AUUCAAAAUUAAGGUUUUAGCUUACUUAGAUUACGCAACAAUACAAAAGUACUGUCAAUUCCCACCAGUUGAUGAUGUGGGAAAACUGAGUCAACUUCCCUUUUUCGUCCUAAAUUUCUUCUGGCACAUACCAACAAUGAAAUAACUUUAUCAAUUAUGUGAUUUAAAGCAGGCACAUCACUUGUAAACAUAAAAAGUUCAAGCAUUUCUACAUGUUCAUUUGGAAAUUUUCAAAAGGUUUCCGACUUGAAAACAUUGUCAAUUCCUCAAUAUGGACGCAGGGUGGCGCUGCAGGCUAAGGUUGUGAACAACCGCUUGAAAGCUUCCUGGUCCUUUGUGUUUGCGAGACAGAAUUAAAAACAGGAAAGAUCGCCAGGAGUACCGUCUCUAAAUGGGUGUUAGGGCGCGGUAUGCUAAACAAAUAAAGAUUAAGGGCAACUGAGUAAGGAUUCCUCCAAAGACAGCAUCAGAAUUCAGCACUGAAGCCAUUCAGAGGCUGCUAAACAAUUGGAUGUAAGCCCUCGGGUGUCCACCAUGGAGAGGCAGGAGAGAAAUCACCCAAACAGGCAAGUGAUUCAUUUUCUUUUUAUACUGUUUUGGGGUCAGGUUCUAAUGGUGCCUACUCGGUACUCUAUCCUGGAAGAAACAGAACGUGGCUCCUUUGUAGGCCAUCUGGGCAAGGACCUGGGCCUUAGACCUGAGGAGCUGGCUGCCCGGUCAGCAAGGGUGGUGUCUGACUAUGAGAGACAGCAAUUGAUUCUGGAUCCUGAGACUGGAGAUUUGCUUCUGGGGGAGAAACUAGACCGGGAAGAGCUGUGUGGCUCUGUGGACCCCUGUGUGCUGCAUUUCCAGGUGUUCAUAGACAAACCAGUGCAAUUUUUUCCAGGAGAAUUAUUGAUCCAGGAUAUAAAUGACCACUCACCAGAAUUCCCAGAUAGGGAAAUACUCUUGAAAAUACUGGAAAACAGCCAGCCAGGCACAUGGUUUUCAUUAAAAUUAGCCCAGGAUUUAGAUGUGGGCAGCAACGGGCUUCAACUAUACACUGUUAGCCCCAACUCUCAUUUUCAUGUCCUCACUCAAAAUAAUAGCAAAGGCGAGAAAUACCCUGAGUUGGUUCAGGACAGAGCCCUGGACAGAGAGGAGCAGGCAGAGCUGAGCUUAACCCUCACGGCUCUGGAUGGUGGGUCUCCACCGAGGUCAGGGACAGCCAUGGUUAGAAUCCUGAUCAUGGACAUCAAUGACAAUGCUCCUGAAUUUGUGAACAGCCUCUAUAAGGUGCAGGUCCUGGAGAGCAGUCCCCUAGACUCCCCAAUCCUGACUGUCUCAGCACGGGAUGCAGAUGCUGGCAGUUUCGGAAAGAUUUCCUAUGGCUUGUUCCAAGCCUCAGAUGAAAUCCAGCAAACUUUCUCACUAAAUGAAACUACGGGAGAAAUGCGAUUGAAAAAGAAAUUGGAUUUCGAAAAAAUUAAAUCUUACAAUGUUGAAAUCGAGGCCAUAGAUGGAGGCGGCCUUUCUGGGAAGGGCUCGGUGGUGAUAGAGGUGGUGGACGUGAAUGACAAUGCCCCGGAGCUGACCAUAUCUUCACUGACCAGCUCAGUCCCAGAAAAUGCUCCUGAAACUGUGGUUGCUAUCAUCCGAAUACGAGAUAGAGAUUCCGGAGAGAAUGGAAAGAUGCUUUGUUCUAUUUCAGACCAUCUGCCAUUCAUUCUAAAACUCUCUUACAAGAACAUUUACACUCUGGUGACAGAGAGACCUCUAGACAGAGAAAGCAGAGCUGAGUACAACAUCACCAUCACGGUCACCGACCUGGGCACACCGAGGCUCACAAUCCAGCGCAACAUAACAGUGCAAGUAUCUGACAUCAAUGACAAUACCCCUGCUUUCACCCAAACCUCCUACACCCUGUCUGUCCGGGAGAACAACAGCCCUGCCCUGCACAUAGGCACCAUCAGAGCCACAGACUCGGACUCUGGCUCAAAUGCCCACAUCACCUACUCGCUGCUGCCACCCCAAGACCCGCAGCUGGCCCUCGACUCACUUGUGUCCAUCAACCCAGACAAUGGGCAGCUGUUCGUACUCAGGGCGCUGGACUAUGAGGCCCUGCAGGCCUUCGAAUUCCGUGUGGACGCUGCAGACCAAGGUUCGCCUGCGCUCAGCAGCCAGGUGCUGGUGCGCGUGCUGGUGCUGGAUGAUAACGACAAUGCACCCUUUGUGCUCUACCCGUUGCAGAAUGCCUCUGCACCCUGCACAGAGCUGCUGCCCAGGGCGGCAGAGCCUGGCUACCUGGUCACCAAGGUGGUGGCUGUGGACAGUGACUCCGGCCAGAAUGCCUGGCUGUCGUUCCAGCUGCUCAAGGCCACGGAGCCCGGGCUGUUCAGCGUGUGGGCGCACAAUGGGGAGGUGCGCACCACCAGGCUGCUGAGUGAGCGCGAUGCUCCCAAGCACAGGCUGCUGCUUUUGAUCAAGGACAAUGGCGAGCCCCAGCGCUCUGCCAGCAUCACGCUGUACAUUCAAGUGGUGGAUGGCUUCUCUCAGCCCUACCUGCCUCUGCCAGAGGUGGCGCGCGACCCCGCGAACGACAAUGAGGAUGUACUCACGCUGUACCUGGUCAUUGCCUUGGCAUCUGUGUCUUCACUCUUUUUGUUGUCUGUGUUGCUGUUCGUGGGGGUGAGGCUGUGCAGGAGGGCCAGGGCGGCUUCGUUGGGCGUCUGCUCUGUGCCUGAGGGACACUUUCCAGGCCACCUGGUGGAUGUCAGCGGCACUGGGACCCUGUCUCAGAGCUACCAGUAUGAGGUGUGUCUGACAGGAGACUCUGGGACUGGUGAGUUCAAAUUCCUCAAACCCAUGAUCCCCAACCUGUUGGUUCAAGACACAGGAAGAGAACUUAAGGAAAAUCUCCACUGCAGGGAUAGCUUUGUAUUCAGCUAAGUAUGUAAAUCCCAUAGUGUUAUACAAUUGUUUUUUUUUUUCAAGGCAUGAUUUUGUUUCUAUUAAGUUCUCCACUAACCUUACCUCCAUAUAUCCUUAAUAACGCUAAUAGUUUCUUUUUUAUUGGUAUGACCAAUACUAGGCUUUUAUAGUUGUACUAAGCAUAUUUCAUAUUUUCUCUGUAUAUGAAUAUCUCUUGGUGAUUAAUACUCCCAUAAGAAUAAUUAACCCAAAUAGUACAAAAUUUUCUGUUAGUAAAUCUCUUAAUGGUCUUCUGAGACAUUUUACUGCUCUCAAGAAAACUUUCAUUCGUGUAUAUAUUUGUGGCACCUGCCCUUUCCAUGUAGUUUCAUAUUUUCAAAGG